GUGCUACCCGACCGUCGCCCGGGAUCCCGAGGUGCUGAGCGGGACUGAGCGACCGCCUCUCCUAGGUGACUGGAGAUAGCGCUUCCCGAGCCGCAGCCCCCGGGGGGAUGGGCGCAGCCAGCCCAGAUGGACGAGAAGACCAAGAAAGCAGAGGAGAUGGCCCUGAGCCUCGCCCGGGCAGUGGCAGGCGGGGAUGAGCAGGCAGCUGUGAAGUGUGCCACCUGGCUGGCACAGCAGCACGCGUCCCUGAGUGUGCAUCUGAAGCCGGAGGUCCCACGGACACGGGAUAUCAGGCUGUGUGUGAGCGUGGAGGAUGCCCAUGUGCAGACGGUCACCAUCUGGCUCAUGGUGCGCCCUGACAUGACAGUGGCCUCCCUCAAGGACAUGGUAUUCCUGGACUAUGGCUUCCCCCCGAGCCUGCAGCAGUGGGUGAUUGGGCAGCGGCUGGCCCGAGACCAGGAGACUCUGCACUCCCAUGGAGUGCGGCAGAAUGGGGACAGUGCCUACCUGUAUCUGCUGUCAGCCUGCAACACCUCACUCAACCAACAGGAGGUGCAGCGCCAGCGCCAGCUGCGGAUGCUGGAAGAUCUGGGCUUCAAGGACCUCACACUGCAGCCACGGGGCCCCCUGGAGCCAGCUCCUUCCAACCCUGGGGUUCCCCAGGAACUUGGAGGGGUGCAGCCUAAUGGAGUGCCUGAGCCCCCACCGGUGGGCUGGCAGUGCGCUGGGUGCACCUUCAUCAACAAGCCUACGCGGCCCGGCUGCGAAAUGUGCUGCCGUUCUCGGCCAGAGGCCUACCAAGUGCCUGCCUCGUACCAGCCCGACGAGGAGGAGCGGGCGCGCCUGGCAGGCGAAGAGGAGGCUCUGCGUCAGUACCAACAGCGCAAGCAGCAGCAGCAAGAGGGGAACUACCUGCAGCACGUGCAGCUGGAGCAGAGGAGCCUGGUGCUGAAUGCCGAGCCCGCCGAGUGCCCCGUGUGCUACUCGGUGCUGGCGCCUGGGGAGGCUGUGGUGCUGCGGGAGUGUCUGCACACCUUCUGCAGGGAAUGCCUCCAGGGCACCAUCCGCAACAGCCAAGAGGCGGAGGUCUCCUGUCCCUUCAUUGAUGACACCUACUCGUGCCCAGGGAAACUGCUGGAGAGGGAAAUCCGGGCGCUCCUGACCCCCGAGGAUUACCAGCGCUUUCUGGACCUGAGCGUCUCCAUUGCAGAAAACCGCAGUGCUUUCAGCUACCACUGCAAGACCCCAGACUGCAAGGGCUGGUGCUUCUUUGAGGAUGAUGUCAAUGAGUUCACUUGCCCCGUCUGUUUCCACGUGAACUGCUUGCUUUGCAAGGCCAUCCAUGAGCGCAUGAACUGCAAGGAGUAUCAGGAUGACCUGGCACUGCGGGCUCAAAAUGACCUGGCUGCCCGGCAGACCACAGAGAUGCUGCAGGUGAUGUUGCAGCAGGGAGAGGCCAUGCACUGCCCCCGGUGCCGGAUCGUGGUGCAGAAGAAGGACGGCUGUGACUGGAUCCGCUGCACUGUCUGCCACACUGAGAUCUGCUGGGUCACCAAGGGCCCGCGCUGGGGUCCUGGGGGCCCAGGGGACACCAGUGGUGGCUGCCGCUGCCGAGUGAAUGGGAUUCCUUGCCACCCAAGCUGUCAGAACUGUCACUAAGCUCAAGAUGGCUGGGUCCUUACACUGGCAACCUCCACCCCAUUCAUAGGCUGUGGUGGGCAGGGCUGGGCUUGAGGCACUGGCUCUGGUUUCUGGCCUGGGAGACAUCCGUGUGAUUGGCUGAGGCUAAGGGUCCCCCCUUCGCGGUGGCCUGCCUGUGCCAGGUGUUCAGGGGCCCUGCCUGCAGUUGUUCAGUCACAUCUGCCCCGGUGCCUUUGCCCUUCCUCAGGGGCUUGAUGGCCAGACCUUUCUUCUCUGUGGCUCUUCCCUCUGCCAGCCUCAGUCCUUCAACACAGCCCUGGCCAGAGGCCUUGCUGGCCCGAUCCUCCGCCAGCACCGUGCGACAACGCUCCUCCCAACGACACUUGCCCACUGGCCCCCAACAGUAGCCUCACCACUUCCCCGUUGGCUUCCAGAGUGACUUUGCUCUGUCUUGUCAGAGGCCCGGAGCCUCUUAUUGCUGCUGUGGACCUGCUCAGAGGGAGACUGGGCUGGGUGAGAUCACAGUGCAGUGGGCGUUGUGCUGUGUCCCGUCUCACCUGUGUAAGGAAAUUAAACCGGUUUUCCAGGAAGGGCUGCUUGUGGUAUCAUGGAGAGGGUGUGAAUGCAUGGGCUGGGACCACACGCAGACAGGUGCUGAGCUCUCUGAAUGGCAUCAGGAAGGUAAUCUGUUGGCCCUGGGACCCACUGUACCAGAUUUAGCACCCCCUGUGCCCAGCAGCAGUGGCUGCCCCAUAGGCGGUGUGCAGUGCAGCUGGGGCCACCAUUGGUGGGAAAGUCUCCCUGUUCUUUGGCCUCUCAGUGAGCACCAGGGCAGGGUGGAGGGGGGAUGAUUCAGGAAUAGAUGAAACUGCUGCUGAGGGGUGAAGUCUGCCCUUCUUUGCCAGAUGGCAAAGUACCUGUACCCACUUUGCCACUCAAGAGACUUUUCCAGGCACAGGCCUGAAAUGCCUGUCCCCUGCGAAGACCUGGCAUUUGAUGGGCAGCAUAUGGUUUGCACUGCAUGUGAUCAUCACGGCAGGCAGAAGUGCCUCUGAGAUUCAAGGCCUGCUCCAGGCUCUUGAUGGCAGGGUGUGUGGUUUUGGGGACAGGCUUGUUCCAGCCCCUGGAAAGGCACUGCCACCCUGUCCUUUGAUGCCUAAACUCAAAAGCUGACCCUAGGAACUGUGUGCAGAGACAGCAGAGAACAUGUGAGUAGAGCAAGGGCCUUUGUCGCCUGCAUUGGUACAAGACAUACUGCUGCCCACGCAUCUCUAGACCCGACCCCAUGCCUCCUGGGCUUUGCUGUCCCCACAGCCCCCACUUUUUGGUCAGCUGCUAUUUUUACACUGCCUGUCCUGUGUUCCCCUCAUUUGAGGUUCUGACACCAACUAGGCAUCUAGUAAUUCAAUUCCAAAACUACGUGGAGUCAGCAGCAGUCCCACAAGUUAAAGGGCUCCGUUCCAAAGACUUCUGUCGUUCAGGUGCCAGAUAAGAUGGGUGCCCAGGCUGCCCAUACUUCUGCUUGGCCAAGAACAAAUUCAGGGGCUCCGUGACUCCAUCCCCUCAGGCUUUCACUUGCUGGCAUGACAGUGGACUCAGGAAAACACGACUUGGGUUUACCAGUGUAUUGUGGGCUAAGGGCAGGAACAGCCCAGUGGAAAGGUGACAAGGUCCCACUAGCAGCUCUAGAUAUGUCAUUCAUGUUUUCACAUAGUUCCUCUCCAGGAUUCCAACCCUAGGGAACCACCUAAUCAGUUGGGCUUUCUGGUGACUAGUCCCGAGGUUACCUAGGGGUCCCACAGCAAAUGAUUUGUAUGAAUGUAGGUGGGAUCCAGAGAUCAUUAAAAAUAAUAAAGUCACUUCUGUUAU